AUGUCAAGAUGUCAGAGCGCGGUUACCUGGCCUAACGCCUGUUGUUUUUCAGAGGUGGCCUAUUCCCAGAGCACGGGCCAGAAAGAGCAGCUGAGUCGCUGUGUGCAGCGAGGGAUCAAGCGGGUCCAGGACCUCUGUAAAGUCCUCCAGCUCCCAUCGGUGUUCGAGGAAACGGCUGUGUCGUACUUCCAGCGAGCUCUCCAACAUCCCUCCUUCCACCUGGUCAGUCUGGAGAAGAAGGAGCUUCUGGGGGGCUGCUGCGUCUUUGUGACUUGUCGGCAGCACAACUGGCCCCUGACGAUGGGAACGAUCUGCUCCCUCCUUUACGCCAAGAAGGAGCUGUUCGCCAGCGUCUACCUGAGCGUGCAGAAGGAGCUCGAGCUGUCCGUACCAGCGCUGAGUCUGAUGGAUCUGGCGAAGACGCACCUCAGUAGUUUCAGGCUGUUUCAACGCGCAGCUGACAUCCCUGCCCCUUUCGUGGAGGACAAGGAGAAGAUGGUAACGCGAACGAUGCAGAUUGUGGAGCUGGCCAGCGAGACGUGGCUGGUCACGGGCCGGCAUCCUGUUCCCCUCAUCACUGCCGCCGCGUUCCUUCCGCCGGCCCACCUGAGGCUGAAAGAGCUUCACGAAAUCCUGCUGAGAAUGGCGUCCCAGCUCGCUUGGCUGAGGGUGUUUAACAUGGACAAGAAAACGGUCAUCAAGCACAUCGGGGACCUACUGCAACACCGAAUUUUUCUGCUGAAGAAAUCUUUCUGUGCAGAGGACGCAGAGGAGCAGCGUGCUGGAGCCCAGGGUGAGGGCUCCCCCGGCUCCUCUCUGGCCGCAGGAGGGGCCGCGCAGGAGGAGGUGCGUCCCUUGGAAGGGAAACGUCAGCGUGACGGGGGACGGAGGCCCUUGCUGCCGCCCUGCCUCAUCAAGCCAAGGAAGAGGCUCCGCACAGCAGCCCCAAGCGCUUCGGACCUUGCCAUCACCGGAGAUGAGCCCAUCUCCGACAGUGAAAUAGAGCAGUACCUGAGGGGCCAAGAGGAGAUCCAGGCAUUCAGAAAGGCCAAGGCAUGGCCGUGAACCCACCAGCUCCUGGCUAGUCCGGGGCAGAGCGCUGCUGGGAGCACUGGGGCAGCAGAGGGUGAGGAGCCGACAGCCUGAAGCCUGAUGGUAACAGAGCCACCGUAACCACAAGGACAGUCGUCCAAGGGAACGGGGCAACGCGGGGAGCAGUGGGCUAUCUCCUGUUGAGUGUUCGGUGGCUGGACCAGAAUGAGGCUUUUAUGGAGUAACUGUUCUGGGUUGCCUUGUAUUUCUCUUAGAAGUAAAUAGAACUACAGGUGCCAGAAGUGGUUUCUGGACUCCCUUAUGAAGGGAGCUUCGUAACUUCUGGUAAAAUGUGUUUUGGCUAAUCCAAGUAUGGUAGGGCAGAUGUCUCGAGCGAGUCCAACGACUCGGCGUACUAACGCAGAGGUAAAACGAGGAUCUCAGUGCACAGGAGAGAGCCAGCCGAGCGUCCUUUCCUCAGAAGCGGUUGGUCAGUCAGAGUCAUUGUGGUUCGCCGGCCGACAGCCAGUCUCACGGGGUGAAAGGGCUUUUGAUGGCCUUUCUCCUGCCUUGGCUCGCAGCCGCAGUGCAGGGCCGCGCGUUCAUGUAGGCAGCUGAACCGACACCCUGUUUGCAGGGAGCACGUCAGAGAAGGUGGGCAGCUACCUGUGCUGGUGCUGCCGAGGAGCUGAGAGCGGCCCAGGCUGGUAGUGUCAGUAACACCAAAGCUGAAUUCCUCCUCGAGUUGUCUGCCUGUCUUUGCUUCCUCGCUGAUACGUGCCUGGCCUUACCUGAUCUACGGGGAUGCGUUUGGAGCCAGCGGCUUUGUGUUGCGCAUCCUACUCCCUGUAACUGUUGGCGUGAGGAGGGCUCUGUCAGUCAGAGUCAUCAGUGCUUCGAUCUGUGGCAAUGUGAAAUUGCAGUCGUAAUUUUUGUGUUUUGGGAGGGAGGGAGGGAGAAGUACCGUCCUAACGGUGCCUGGUUAUACCAGUGUCUGGUUAUUGUAGGGUAACAUGAGAGGGAAGGUAGAGGUUUCUGGCCCUCUCAUUGGCACUGGUUUUGUGGAGCUUUGCUCGAGCUUUUCCGGGGGGGUCUCUUACGUUGUCUUGCACGUCACCUGCUUUGGCAGGCGGGGAGGGUGGGUUCGUGACCAGGUGAGAAGGGGCACCUUCAUUUGUUGCUCCGCUUUCUGAGGAAAAGGCAAAUAGCAAAUCUAAAUGCUGCGGCCCGUUUGCCAGAUAACCUGCGCUCCCUGAACUGCGUAUGUGAGGAGUAACAUGAAGUAGGUCUUUGUGGUGUUCUGGAGUUGCCCGCCUUAGGUAUAACAGGGGUCCCUUGGGAAACUCGGCUUGGCUCGUGUCCGAGAGGAAGACUAUCCCAGCUCAGUUAAGUAAGUGAUGUGAAGCUGCUGGAAAUCUGUGGCAACUGUGCAGCUCUUGAUGGUACGAUUAUAGCACUGCUGGCUCUUCAUUUCAAAGUAAUGCUUAACUCAAUAAAA